AUGGAGGAUGAAAAAAAAGUUAAAUUCACUGCUCAAGAUUUAUAUGAUAAGAAAGCUGACAAAACAGAGCUUCAAACAUUAAAGACAGAAAUACUUCAAACAGUAUAUCCUAUAGGUUCUAUUUAUACGUCAAUGAACUCUACCAGACCAGAAGUAGUACUUGGUUUUGGAACUUGGACUCAAAUAGUCGACAGGUUUUUGUAUUGUGCAAACUCUUCAAAGGAAACAGGUGGAAGUAAAACGAUUUCAGGUGCAAAUUUACCUGCGCACAGUCACUACAUAAAUUUAAGUACAUCUGAAGCAGGUUUGCAUAGUCAUAGAUUUUGGGAUUGGUCAGGAAUGACAAAAGGUAAAGGAUAUGAUGUUAAAGAGGACGUUAAGUUUGCUAUAAAUUGUUACUGGAGUAACACUGAGGUAGGAGGAAGCCAUACACAUCGCGUUUCAGGGUAUACGCAAACAACGGGACAGAGUAAAGACUACAUGCCACCUUACAUGACAGUUUACGCAUGGUAUAGAAAUGCUUAG